AAUAUAUAUAUAUAUAUAUAUAUAUACGUAGAUAGAUGCCACCAUUUCCAUAAGAACCAUUCAUAGAAGCACUUGUUCAAAGUAGUUUGAACUUACUUUGGCAAGAGAAAAUGAAGGAUGUUGAAGUGGAAGUAAUUUCCUAUGAGAAUAUCAAACCAUCUUCGCCAACUCCCACUCAUCUUCGCUAUUAUGAGCUUUCCUUUCUCGACCAAAUAUUCCCCCGCAUGUAUAUUCCAUUUCUCUUCUUCUACACAGAGAAUGAUGCUUACUCUAAAAUCAGCACCGACCCUGGCAAAUCGUUCUCUAGUGUGCUCAAGCAAUCAUUGUCCAACGUCUUAACACGUUACUACCCUUUAGCUGGCCACAUUAAAGACAAUCUAACCGUAGACUGCAACGAUGAAGGCGUGUUGUAUCGCGAAGCCCGAGUCAAGUGUGAGCUUUCAGAUAUUGUUACAAAUCAAAAUCCAGCAGAAUUCAAGAAAUUUCUUCCGUGCGAUAUUGAUGGCACACACAAUUUUGCCUGCGCUGUUCAAGCCAACUACUUCACUUGUGGAGGUAUUGCCAUUGCUGCAUGCAUUUCCCACAAGAUUGCUGAUGGCACAUCCUUUAUCAUGUUUAUGAAAUCUUGGGCAGCCACAGCUCGAGGUGAUAGUGACAUAUAUCCCCAAUUUCAAGCGUCAACUCUCUUCCCCCCUACAAAUACUUUAUCUGGGUUUCAACCAGAAAAUAAUAUGAUAAAAGAGAGGCUUGUAUUAAAGAGGUUUGUGUUUAGUUCUGCUUCAAUAGUGGCUCUUAGAGAAAAAUACGGGGAAAGCCCAGGCUUAGAAAGUCCAAUACACCCCAGUCGUGUUGAGGCAUUGUCAGUCUUUUUAUGGAGCCGAUAUGUUGCUGCUACGCAAGCAAACUUUGGGCCUAAAAAGCCCAACAUGGUGAUUUUUGCAGUGAAUUUACGGACAAGGAUGGAUCCGCCAUUGCCUAGAAAUUCUUUUGGAAAUAUCUUCCGACCUGCAACAGUCCUUCUGUCUAGUGAAGAGAGGAAUGGCCUUGUGGGCAAAGUGAGAGCCACGAUAAGAAAAAUUGACAAUGAGUAUGUGAAAAAAUUACAGGACCACGCUCAACACUUGAAUUUUCUUGAAGAGGCUAGUGCAAAAGUCAUGAAAGAAGAUGUAGUUCCAUUCAGUUUCAGUAGUUGGUGCAGGUUGCCUAUGUAUGAAGUGGACUUUGGUUGGGGAAAUCCCGUGUGGAUUGGUCUGGUUAGCAUGCCUUUCAAGAACGUAGUUAUAUUUAUAGACACCAAAAGUGGGGAUGGAAUAGAAGUAUGGGUUAACUUGAAAGAGGAAGACAUGGCUAAAUUUGAAAGUGACACAGAACUUCUUGCAUAUGCUUCCAUCACAACCUUGAAUGCUUAACAUGUUAGUGAAUAAGCAUGAUGCAUGCAUAGAACUAAAAUAAAGGAAGUCA